CUCGUGUGCAACACACAUAGCGUUCGCUAAACGUCGAUAUAGGUGUAUUACAGCUGUUGUACCUAAGCCGUGUGAUUUUUUUUUUUCCAUUGUCGAUUCGUCGUACGUCACGUGCAGUUGAAAUAGUGCCGAUGUAGUUCCCUGGUCGCCCUCGUGUGAGUUUUUGUUAAAAGAAAAAUCGCAUUUUCCUGCGAGUCCGGCCCGGCGGCGACGCCAGAGAGAAUAAUAUGAAAACAACGUUUGUGGCCGUCCGAACGCGUCGCAUUCGCAUACCGAACCGUUGUGAUUGAUUCGAAAAAAUAGGUAUGGUGACCACCGGCUAGCAAUGGUGCCCAGGUUAAUAUUGGUGUGCGGCCUAUUGUCGGCCAUCGCUGUGGACUUGGCGUGGUCGGCCAGCGGUCCGGUCGUCCAACAAUGUCCCACGCACGGCGAAAUAGCGCCGUGCGUGUGUACGGUGAAAAAGAACGGCGGCCUAGACAUACUGUGCGAGUUCACAGACUUGCAGCACAUAUCCAAAACGAUGGCGGUACUCAAGGGAAAACCGUCAUUGGUGAUUUUCUACCUGAAGCUCCGACACAACAACCUGCCCAAGCUCCAAGGUUUCGUUUUCCUCGGUAUGGACAUCAGACACUUGACCAUACACAACAGCACACUGGCCGUUGUCGAGGAAUCGUCGUUAAGCUCUAUAGGUAAAGCCCUUACUCAACUGGAUUUAUCUCAAAAUUCGCUCAGCAGUGUACCGACACCAGCACUUAAGAGUUUAGACCGUUUACUUAUAUUCAAUUUGAAUCACAACAAAAUCAGUGCCAUCCACACAAACGCAUUCGAGGGUAUGAGUACGCUGGAGAUUCUGACGUUGUAUGAAAACCGGCUUACAAAUAUCGAACCUAAUGCAUUUGCCGGCACGGAAAAGAAACUGAAACGAUUGAAUAUUGGAGGCAACGAAUUAAGUAGAGUACCGACGGACGCUCUGCAGACAAUGGACAACCUAAAGAAACUAGAAAUGCAAGAAAACAAAAUAACAUCAAUUAACGAAGGCGAUUUUGUAGGUUUAAAAACGUUGGAUAUGCUAAUAUUGGCGCAUAACUAUAUCAAACACAUCCCGGCUAAAGUGUUCCGCCAUUUGCCUCUAUUGAACUCGUUGGAGUUGGAUGGAAAUCAAAUAUCGCACAUCGACGAAGAAGCUUUUUACGGUUUAGAAGAGAACCUUCAGUAUUUGAGAUUGGGCGACAACAAUUUGCACGUGAUACCGAGUGACUCGCUUCGUCGAUUGCACAGACUCAGACACUUGGAUCUCAGAGCCAACAACAUAUCAUCCAUUGCCGACGACGCGUUCACCGGUUUCGGGGAUUCAAUUACUUUUUUGAACUUGCAGAAAAACGACAUCAAAACAUUACCGACCAUGUCUUUUGAGAACUUGAAUUCGUUGGAAAUCCUUAAUCUCCAGAAUAAUAAACUGGCGCGCGUACCGGAAGAAACGCUAGAGGCCAUAGUCGACACGGCUACUGUUAUUGAUCUAAUGGAUAACCCUUUGGUAUGCGAUUGCGAUCUGCGGUGGUACAAAGACUGGCUUUUAAGCCUCAAGUUAAGAGAUGACGACGAUAUUAUCCAAAAGAAGCAUAUACUUUGUUACAUGGAAUCCGAACACAGAGAAUACAGCAUCACCAACAUGCCAUUAAAAAACUGCGUGGGCAAAGAGAAUUCGUCAUCUUCGAAGGGCUCUGGCGUCAAGGCCGAAUUGUCCUGCGUUUUGAUCUUCAUCGUCCUGGCGAAUCUUCGGUUCAAAUAAACGUCCACCACAGACAACCAGCCAUCUUCGGUGUAAAGCGAUUUACACUGGCAACACAAACAGCUUACAAUUAGGUAGGUGCGUUUUUGCGUUGUAGAAUUUUGUAAGCCCAGCAAGCGUCUGUCAAGUGACCAAAACAGUUGCCAACGACUUGCGAGCAAACAAAAUAAACGGAUCGUGAAGGCCGUUUGGAAAUGUUUCAAAAUGUUCGCUUAAUUCGGUAUUGACCUUUGCCAAAAUCUACAAAAUUAUACAACGCGAAAACGCACCUAUACUAAUUUAUAUAAUAUAUUAAAAAAAACAAUACAUAUCACCUCUCUGGUUUUGCAUCGGAGACAAAGAGCAAACAAUGGCAUAUCACAAAAUUCUAACGAUUUUUUUCACACCCACAUGGAAAGCAGAGCUGGUAAACUUUUCCCAGACAAAACCCCGUCGACUAAACACAAACACAUUGUGUUUAACCGACGGGUUGCCGUACGGUUAGGGUUUAAUUUUUAAUAACACCGUUAAUACAGUGUUAGUAUUUUAACACUAUACAUAUUACUACUAUUCAAUAUUAUUGUCUUGUAGCGUUCGCUUAUAGCCAGUCGGUGUAAAGCACGCCACUGAUAUAGCCGACCCUCAUCGAAUACAUAUCGUUAAUGCAUAUCCAAAGGUCCAGAGCGACCAUUUACAUAUUAACAUAUCUAUUAUUAUUAUUAAUACAUAACUGUUAGAGCAUAGCGUAGUUAAUGAUAUUAGCAUUAGGGACAAUACCCUUGUAGAGUAUCUAUACAUAAGCCAUCAUCAUUAGGACUCCCAGCCAUUAUUAUUUAUUAGCACACUACUUUAUAUGUAACUUGAAAUUCCAAAAUGAAUAUGAACAGUAGAUUAGAUUUUUUUUUUUGAUUAUUCUAACUACCAUGGGCGUUUCAUCGAGUAACGUUUUGUUCACACAAAAUGUUGGUCGUGUUCGGUCACACAUUCGUUUCAAUGCCAUCCAGUAGCACUUUAUAUUCGGACUUAAGACUGACACUAGAAUAAAACAAAUACAAUUAUUGUGGGUUCUUCUGUCACGGUUCUUUUUGUUGUCUUAAAUUGUUUAGAAAUAAUUUUUUAAAAAAUCUGCCGGAAUCAUUGGUUGUGUGCCAAUAUAGAUAAAUAAUAUUAAUAAAACCAAGUUCAGCCAACAAACAAUGACCACCCUCGUUUAAACGUUCCGGAAUAAUUAUUAACCUAAGCAGGCGAAGUCAAGGGCCUAAAACGAUUCCAAUCGUCUUGACCCAAGCGCAAUUAUGUCGGUCCUAAGUCCGAAUAUUCAUUUAAAUUAGCACAGAACAGUCGUACUCGCACCGGACGGACAAAAUCCCAAUUACAGUUAAAAACUUAAAGCGUCGCAGUAACCUACUUUGCUAAGCUUUCACUGGUAUGUUAAUCUAUGGAAAUUACGAUGGUUAAACGCUUAGCAACAGCUUGGGAGUACGUUCAACAAACAUGCAUCUUAAAAGCGUCCAUUCCCAACAGGGACGGACCCCACCACUGACCUACUGUCUUACAAAGCUUACGGGGCCUUUUUCGACGAAGGUUAUAGAUUGCUACUAAUUCAAUAGUUCAACUUGAAAUUGACGUCAAAUAUGUCCACCGGAAAAAGAUAUGUUUAACCCUUGAUUGGUCGCACUUUUAAAUGGGCCUAUUAGAAACCCCUCCGAAAGGCAUUUUUUUUUUUUUUACUAUUACCUUAUCACCUCCCCGCGCCACAACGCUGCACCGUGAAUUGGCUAGAAUUUGCAUGAUGUUAUAUUAUUACUUAUAGAUAUAUAUAUAUAUAACGUUUUUGGCGCACGCUAGACGUUUGUCGUCGUUUUCAAUAAUAUUAAUUAUUUUAUAAUAUAAAAUUAUUUUAAGCUUAAAAUAAAACCAUUCGCAAUACAUAUCUUAACGGAAUCACGUGCGACCUUUCGGCUCUUCGCCGGAUCCGAGAUUCGGACCGUGAAGUUUUUCAAAAAAAACUUAUCCUAAAACGAGUCCAUCCCGUUUUUUUUUUUAUGAUUCUAUACAAUCAUCAAUAUAGAACAAAACAAUAUCAAGUGUGUGUGUGUCGUGUCCAAAGGUCGUUAUCGAAAAUUUCCGGUCGUGGGUCGGUAGUCUGGCGAAGAACAACCGAAAUGCACGUGAUUUCAACUAAUUUUAUAUAAAUAAAAAAAAAAACAUAUUUAAAUUUAUUAAUAUUUAUUAUAAUAUUUGUGUGUGUGAUUUACUAGUUAUUAUUGUUAUCAAUACUAUUAUACAAGUAUAUAUCAUUAUUCGUAAGCCUCCAAGAGAAUGUUAUUGAUACGUGUAAUAUUAUAACGGGCACCUAAUACGCAAACAUUGCUUUUAUUGUCCGUACACUAUUAUUACCUAUCUAAUAUAAUAUUUUAUCGAAUACAUAUCCGGAAAACGCAUAUCUCGAUUUUUGUCGACUAUAAGUGUAAUUCGUUUUUUUUUUUUUUUUUAAUGCAAUUUAACUAGGAUGAAGUGAGGUAAUCGCACCCAAACAGGGCAAGUGCAAACGUUACGUUAUUCCAAAAUGCUAAAUAAAAUUAUAAAAAAAAUGGUUUUGACUACCCGGUAUUAUAACUUGAUACAAAUAUUUUUCAUGAUUUAUAAGUGAAAUUGUUUAAUUCUAUUAAAUUGCGAUCGCCCCCACUUCAUCCAAUAAGAUAUUAUUGAUAUUUACAUAAUAUGUAUUUAUAUUAUAAACCAUAUCAUUAAGCUAUAUUAUACCACCUACAUAGUAAUAUAUUAUAUUAACAUUACGGUAAUAUUAUUUUAAAGUAUCUAAUCAUAACUAUUGUAUUUUCUUAUUAUAAUAUUACUAAUAUUAAUAUUAUCAUACUACAUAUCGUCGUGUCGUUUUAACUAUUAGAUGUGUUUUUAGCAUAGU